AUGGCCACACUUCUCGUCGAUUUGAAGCUAGCUGCUAGUGGAGAGGCAAUAGCUCGGGUACAAGGCGACAACGAUACAUCGAUCAAAUGGAUUAUCGCUAAAAAGAGGAUUAAAGCACCAAGAAUGUUUAGACUUUUCGAUUUCGAAGCAGAAGAGGUUCAAUCAAACUCAUUCCAUCCGAGUGGCGUUGCGCCGUUUCCACAUUUACAGAAAGAACUUCGCGAUUCGGUGCUGAUCGAUGCCGGUGAAGUGCUUUGGCUUUGGUCAGAAGUCACUCCAAGUACCCAUGUUUUAGAAACAGGAUUAAGAUAUUGGGAUAAACGAGUUGGGCCUUGCACAGUCGUAGAGAAAAGAGCUGAACCACCAGAGUUCGUUGCUCUUUUCCAGGAAUGGGUUGAGUGGCCAAAAGAAGAAAUAACCAGUCCUGACUCAAGUCCUCCACGUGCUUUAAACGAAUGUCUAUCGGAGCGGCGGCGCACGUUCACCCCGUUUCAACUUCGAGAUCGGGACUCUUUGCCGCCAGGAGUGGAUCUUUCUCGAUUGCACAAGUACCUCACCGAGGAUGAUUUUGAGAAGGAAUUCGGGAUGUCACCGAAAGAUUUCUCGGGUCUUCCCCAAUGGAAACAAGUUCGAAUGCGAAAGGAUUUGGGGCUAUUU